CAGUUAUUGGAGGCAUUCAGCGAGGAGCACGUGCAGCACACGUCACUGUUGCGGGUCCAACACGAGCAGCAGAUGAAGCACACGGAGACUGAGCUUCAGCAGUUUGGACUCAGAGGGCGAAGCGACGCGCAGCUGAGUUUGACAGCACUACUACAAAAUAAAAGUCCAGUGGGGGAGGAAGUACACAGAUCCGUACUUCAGUGAAAGUACUAAUACCACGGCGUCAUACAUCGAAGACGGUACUUCAGUGCUUGUAGUACUGCACUCCGACGCUGGGUGGCAGCAGCGCGCCGCCACUGCUGCACGACAGGACGGAAAUUGGUCUUCUUCGGCGGAACUUUUUUCACAACAAGCACGAUGGCGGCGACAGACGGAGAAACAAACCACGGAGCUGGUAAACUGGAGUUUUCUCUGGAUGUCCCCUUCCCGUCGUCCCGCGAGGCCGUCAUCGCGCUGCGCUCCCUGUCGCCGGACCGCGAGCCGAGGAAAGGCGGCAUCAGCAAACAGCUCACAGUGUCGGGCAGCACGCUGUCUGUGAGGUGGAGCGCGGAUGAAGCCCGGAUCCUCAGGGUGUCCGUGAACUCGUUUCUGGAUCAUCUGUCGCUCGUCCUGGAGACCAUGGACAUGUUUGGACCUGCUGUGUCCCACUGAGGCCUGACGGAUGUUUCAGAUCAUCUCAUCCCCCGCUUGGACUCCACUCAGGUGUGACUGUUGACUGGCAGCUUAAACAGUGAAGGCUGAUCGAUUGUUGAAGUGGGACUGAGAGGCAGGUGGCGCUUUUUAUUUAAACACCUUUUCUAGAAAUAAAGACUGCUGGCACCUGA